AUGGGCAGAAAAGGCGUCAUUUCAGGCCUGUCUCGCUUCGUCAGUCGAGGAUUUGACACGUCGGAAGAUCUCUCGCAGGCAGCGGCGGAGGCAGCCACCUUGCAGCCAUCGCUUACUGCGAAUGCCGCUGCGAGCGACAAAGAUGAGGACAUUCGACCCAAAAAGAGACGCAAGACCGGGUUGCUGGGGCCAGGACGGGAGGAGGUGGAUGCGACGGGUCUUGCUCCCUUCUAUGUGGAUGCAUUGGAAGUGCCUGACCACUUGCAAAAGUACUUCUCCCAGCGGGAGCGCUAUUUCUCGUUGUACUCUUCUGGUUGCUUGCUUGACGAGGAGGGCUGGUACAGCGUCACACCGGAGCGUGUCGCAGACCAGAUUGCUGAGCGAUGUCGGUGUGGUGUGAUCGUGGACGCGUUCUGCGGCGUCGGCGGGAACGCUAUCGCGUUUGCUCGCACGUGUGAACGAGUCAUCGCAAUAGACAACUCGCCUGUGCGCCUCGCGCUGGCACGCCACAACGCAGCAAUCUACGGCGUGGCCGAUCGGAUAGAGUUCAUUAUCGCCGAUUUCUUAUCCUUUGCUCGUACGCUCGCUGAGAUUCAAGACUUUCAUAACUCUAGCCAGAGAACAGAUGAGGCCGCGACGGAAACUUCCAGCCUGACUUCAUCAACAAAGUCUCGAAAAAUCGACGUUGUCUUCCUUAGCCCUCCUUGGGGUGGCCCUUCAUAUCUUACAGAUACACUGCCUACCGCAAAUGGUGUAAAAGCUGAGGUUGCAGCGCAACCUGCGAGCACGCAAUUGGCAGAAUACUCAUUAGCGAGCAUCAAACCCGUGCAUGGGAAGGAGCUAUUCCAGCUUGCACGGAGGCUCACGCGGAACGUAGCGUACUUUCUGCCACGGAACGUGAAUUUGGAGGAGGUGGCAUCUCUGGUCCGCGAGGAGGCUCAGGCGGAAGGUAAUGGAAACGCGGACAGUACGACGAGACAGGACGAUGACGUCGAGAUGGUGGAAGUAGAGGAGGAAUGGAUGGGCUCAAAGCUCAAGGCUCUCACAUGCUACUUCGGUGGACUUGUUUCUGGGCAGGAGAAUCUAUUUUGA